AUGCCAGAGGGGCUGGUGGCUCAUUUAAAGAACAAUCUGGUGGACUUCUCGGCCUUUGACUGGGGGGACUUCCAAGAUUGGAAUGUCGCCAGGCCGCAGCCCCAAUGGCCAACCUUGACCCCGGACUGGGAAAAAUGGCUGCCGAGGAUGGAGCACUUAUUCGGCCAGCAAUGGAAGGAUCAAGGCAUCUACCACUUGAUCAAGCUGUUCGAUCGGCCACUCGUCAUGGACUGGUCGCUCUUGGCCGCGGCCCUAUGCUUCUGGUCGUCGGCCACAAAUACUAUGAACCUCCGGUUUGGCAUGAUGACGCCGACCGUUCUAGACAUGGCCGCCCUAUUCGGCCUCUCCCCUCUUGGCGUGGAAGUAAACGACGCUCUGAUCGCCCCUGAGGCUGAAGGGAGUUUUAAGGCCGCAUGGCCUAUGGUCGCCAAGCUUGCUUGGAGUAAGGCGAAGAACAUGCUCAACUACUCCAACUUCUACAGCAACUUCAGCGUGGAGGACAGCGCCGAUGAUGAUUCCAUCGCUCCCUUGGGCGAGGUUGAGCAUGCCGCGUUCUUGCUGUACUGGCUAUGCAAGUUCGUGUUUUGCACCCAAGCGAACAAGUCACCCUGGAGUUCGCCCAUCUGGCCGACUAUCUCGCGCAGGGCGGAAGGCUGGCGCUCGGCCCAUUCCUCCUUGGUCAUAUCUACCGUCCGCUUCACGACAUCGUCACGGAUGGGAUGA